AUGGACGCCACAGCAGCACCCACCACCCCAGCGGAGCGUCCCACCAAGAAGCUCUCCGAGUCGUCCGCUUACCUCGCCGAGAUAGUGGGCGAGGAGUCGCUAUUUGGGACGCGCAUGGCGGCCGGUGCGGUGCUCGACACGCUGGACAUCUGCGCGGGCUACACGGCCGCCAAGUUCUCCGGCUCGCGCGUGGUCACGCUGGCCUUCGAUCGCGUCGACCUCUCGCACCCCAUUCUCCACCAGGAUUUGGUGCGAGCUGAAGGGCGGGUGGUGAGCGUGGGGCGAUCGUCGAUGGUCGUGCACGUGCGGGCCUACAGGCAGGACCUGCUGUCGCGCCAGUUCGAGCUUGUGCAGGAGUCGUACGUGACGAUGGUGGCGGUGGACGAGAAGCUUCGGCCGAAUCCCAACAUUCCGGCCGUCGUCUACGAUGACGCCGAGGAGGAGAAGCGAAUCAACAAGAUCCUCCUGUCGAGGAAGGAGGCCAACGAAAACUGGCAGCAGUGUCAAAAAAUCGAGGACGCCAUCAACCGGGAAGGCAAGCUGGAGUUCAUGUCCAUCCCCAAGACUCAGGUCAACGUGAAGCGUAUCUUCUUCCCCAAGAACCUCAACUAUCAUAACACCGUGUUCGGCGGCGACAUUCUGCUGUGGAUGGACCGCGUGGCCACCCAGUGCGCGCGUCAGUUCACCCGUAACCGGCACGUCUUCACGAAGCACAUGCAGCGCGUGUUCUUCAAGCAGCCCAUCCUCAUCACCGACGUCGUGGAAAUGAAUGCGCGCGUCGUCUACGUAGGCAAGUGCACUCUCGAAGUGGAGAUCAAUGUGUCGCUGGAAUGGGCGAGCGGGGAGGUGUUCGAGUCGCACUCGGGCUACUUCACGCUGCUCAACUGCAACGAGGCCGGGUGGAAGCGGCCCAUCAUCACCGGCCUCCAGCUGGCCGAUGAUGACCAGUUCUUCCUGCGGAGCUACGUGCAGGCCAAAGAGCGCCGGAAGCUGUGGAAGAAGUGGAAGGUCGACGAGCGGAACGACGCCACCAGCGCCAAGGGCGAGAACGAGGCCAAGUUCUCUCUCGACGAAUAA